AUGGAGUCCCUUCGGUUGAAAACUAACUACCGAUGUGUUCCGGCCCUGCAACAGUUUUACACCGGCGGCCCCUUUGCCGUCUCAUCAGACGGCUCCUUCAUCGUCUGUGCAUGCGGCGAUUCCAUUAAAAUCGUUGAUUCCGCCAACGCAUCCAUCAGGUCCACCCUCGAAGGCGACUCCGAACAAGUCACAGCUUUGGCUCUUGGCCCCAACGAUAAAAUUCUCUUCUCUUCUAGCCACAGCCGCCAAAUCAGAGUUUGGGACUUAUCCACUCUCAAAUGCGUGCGCUCGUGGAAGGGUCAUGAUGGUCCUGUUAUGUGUAUGGCUUGUGAUGCUUCUGGAGGUUUGCUUGCUACUGGUGGAGCUGAUAGGAAGGUCCUUGUUUGGAAUGUUGAUGCUGGAUAUUGCUCGCAUUUCUAUAAAGGUCACGGUGGAGUUGUUUCUUGUGUUAUGUUUCAUCCUGAUCCUGAGAAACAGCUUCUUUUUUCUGGUAGUGAUGACGGGGGUGAUAAUGCAACUGUAAGGGUUUGGGAUAUUUCCAACGCCAAGAGAAAGACCUGCAUUGCAAUCCUAGAUAAUCAUCGCUCUGCAGUGACUUCCAUUGCAGUAUCUGAAGACGGAUGGACACUGCUCAGUGCUGGAAGAGAUAAGAUUGUAACGUUGUGGGAUCUUCAUGAUUAUAGUAGCAAGAAGACUGUCAUCACAAACGAGGCAGUUGAAUCUGUUUGUCCUAUUGGUGCUGGGAGUCCUUUUGCUUCAUCAUUAGAUUCAUAUCGGAAAAAUUCAAAAAAACAUUCUGGUUCCCAAGCAACGCAUUUUGUUACUGUUGGUGAGCGAGGCAUUGUGCGCAUAUGGAGUUCUGAAGGUGCAGUUUGCUUGUUUGAGCAAAAAGCUUCAGAUGUUACAAACAACACAGACGAGGAUGGCUCACGUAGGGGUUUCACUUCUGCUGUUAUGCUUGGCUCGAAUCAAGGAUUGCUUUGUGUGACUGCAGAUCAGCAGUUUUUGUUUUACUCUCUGAACUGGAUUGAAGAGUUGUUGCAAUUAAAUCUUACCAAAAGACUAGUGGGAUAUAAUGAAGAGGUUGUAGAUAUGAAGUUUGUUGGGGAUGAUGAAAAGUUCCUUGCUCUUGCUACAAAUCUUGAACAGGUUCGGGUUUAUGACCUUGCAUCUAUGUCAUGUUCUUAUGUCUUAUCUGGUCAUACUGAAAUAGUUCUAUGCCUUGACACCUGUGUAUCAAGUUCUGGGAGAAACCUAAUUGUGACUGGAAGUAAAGAUAACACUGUUAGGUUAUGGGACUCAGAAAGUACAAGCUGCAUUGGAGUUGGUAAAGGCCACAUGGGAGCUGUUGGAGCCAUUGCAUUUUCAAAAAAAAAGCGGGACUUCUUUGUUAGUGGCAGUAGCGAUCAUACUCUUAAGGUGUGGAGUAUGGAUGGUCUCUUGGACAAUUUGACAGCUCCAAUUAACUUAAAAGCAAAAGCUGUUGUUGCAGCUCACGAUAAAGAUAUCAAUUCUGUAGCUGUUGCUCCAAAUGAUAGUUUAGUAUGUAGUGGUUCUCAGGACCGCACUGCUUGUGUUUGGAGACUUCCAGAUCUAGUAUCAGUAGUUGUAUUUAAAGGGCAUAAAAGAGGAAUCUGGUCUGUAGAGUUUUCGCCUGUUGAUCAAUGUGUAGUAACAGCAUCCGGGGACAAAACAAUAAGGAUAUGGGCUAUAUCUGAUGGCUCGUGUUUGAAGACAUUUGAAGGACACACCUCAAGUGUGUUAAGAGCACUGUUUGUUACUCGUGGAACACAGAUUGUUUCUUGUGGCGCUGAUGGUUUAGUAAAACUAUGGACUGUAAAAUCAAAUGAAUGUGUUGCCACGUAUGACCAUCACGAAGACAAGGUUUGGGCCUUGGCUGUAGGCAGCAAAACAGAGCUGCUUGCAACUGGUGGUAGCGAUGCUGUUGUCAAUCUGUGGCUCGAUUCCACUGCAGCUGAUAAAGAAGAAGCUUUUCGUAAAGAGGAAGAGGGGGUUUUGAAAGGCCAAGAGCUAGAGAAUGCCCUGUCAGAUGCUGACUAUACCAAGGCAGUCCAAAUUGCAUUUGAAUUGCGCAGACCCCAUAAACUUUUGGAGUUAUUUGCAGAACUUUGCAGAAAGAAAGGAGCUGAAGAUCAUGUUGACAGAGCACUUAAGGCCUUUGGCAAUGAAGAGCUUCGUUUAUUAUUUAACUAUAUUCGAGAAUGGAAUACAAAACCAAAGCUCUGUUAUGUCUCACAGUUCGUGCUUUUCAGAGUUUUCAACAUCUUUCCUCCAACCGAUAUUGUUCAGAUUAAAGGGAUCGGGGAACUGCUCGAAGGUCUUAUACCAUAUAGUCAGAGGCACUUUGGCAGAAUAGAUAGACUUGUAAGAAGCACAUUUUUGUUAGACUUCAUUCUAUCAGGAAUGUCAGUUAUUGAACCAGAGACCCAUCAGACGGAAUCAAAGGACGAGUUUCCAUUACGAUCUGAAAUCGAUGCUCCAGAUCAAGAAAAUGGGAAAGAGCAGAAAGAUUACACUAUUGAAAAUAAUACAGCUUCAAAGAAAAGGAAAUCACACAAAUCUAGACAUGAAAAUGGGAUCGAGGAAAAGGAUCAGAUUCUUGAAAAUGAUACAGCUUCAAAGAAGAGAAAAUCAAACAAAUCAAAACAUGGUUCCCAGAAGAAAGUCAAGGAUGUUGCUUACAACAAAAUUGAACCUAUUCAAUUACAAGCAUAA